AUGCUCUCGACAAGUCGUCGCGAACGCAGGGUCGCAGUCCGCAAAGUGCGGAGAUCUCUCACAGAGAUCUCACCGCUCAACUCUCAUCCACAGAUGCAGUCCCCACUCUUCUCGGUACUCCCUCCAGAAAUCCGCAACCAGAUCUUCGAGCUGGCACUCUCUGAACACGAGGACUCAACGCGACCCUACGACCCAACUGACAACUACUACCGUCCCGGGCAUUGCUUCCCCAAGGUUAUCAACACGGACCUCCUCCGCACUUGCCGGCGUGUGUACUACGAGACCAACACCAUUCCAAUGAGCAGUGCUACGCAUUGCUUCUGGCUCGGCACGAUCAGUUGUUCUCGAGAUCCUAGCCGAACGCCUCUCCGGUUCGAAAGCUUAACGCGCAAACAGCAGACCGACCUCAACCACGUCCACGUCUUCAUGGCUUACUACUGUCGGGAGUUCAGUACCUUUAUGUCUCCACAGCAAUUCCGCCCCAAGCACCUCACCAUCACCAUCAGCUGGGGUAACAACUGGUCCGAUACUCGUUAUGGUAACGACGACAUCCAACAGCUUUUUAGUGCCAGCUGGGGCUCACCUGAUCUUACCAAGUUCCCCAACGAACUCGAGGACGUCAAGGUUGAGUUUGAGGUCACAAAAGAGUGGAAAGGCAAGCUCGAUGAGUUGGUUAAGAGGGUGAUGCUAUGGCGCUUUGAGUUGAGGGACGGAACGAAUAUGGUGGCGGAUGAGAGCACAACUGUGAAAAGCUGGACUAGACAAAGGGGUUGGCGUCGUACAAAACCGCCGUCGUCGUAUGAGAUCCAUGUGGUUACCGUUACUUGGCGAAGGUCAGCGUCUGCGGAAAACAAGGACUAG